UUCCCACCGUCAGUUUUGGUCCUUGAACACAUCACUGUUUGUUUUACUCGUUUUGUAAAUGUCCGCUGCCCACCGGUUUAUUAUUUAAUUUGGGAGAAAAACCGAAACAAAACCAAACCUGGAAAUGAACCUCCCAACAGGAAGUGUAAAAAGUCAAAUGUGCGUCACGUGACCGUGCAGGUAAAACACCUGCACGUCCGUUUGUGAGGUGAGGGACGGAGAGGAGGAAGAGGCGUCGCUGUUUGUGAUUUCCAACCCGUUUGGCUGCUGACAGAGCCGCGCUAAUCUCCCUCCCUCCCCCCGGUGACCGGCUGUCUCACCCGGUAACGUCACGACACUGAAACCAAAGGAAUGCGACACGCUACGUGUUUCCGAGCCCACGGCUUCUCCACUCGGUUCCGCCGCUUCCACGGUUAAUGUCGCCGCUUCUCAGCUGGAUUCCUCCGCGGAAACGGAUCCGGUGCUGGUUCGCUGGACUCGGUUCUGGUUCCUAAUCUGAUGCUAGCUUGCAGCCGUUGCCACCAUGUUUGCCAAAAAGAAGAAGUCUCGAAUCCAGAUCUCUGCUCCGUCCAACUUCGAGCAUCGCGUCCACACAGACUUUGACGAGCAGGAGCAGAAGUUCGUCGGGUUGCCGCGCCAAUGGCAGUCCCUCAUCGAAGACACGGCCAAGAGGCCAAAGCCUUUCAUCGACGCGACGAUCAUCACCACCGUAGAACCGCGAAAGACGAUCGUACGAGGCACGAAGCUGGGGGCAGACGGCUCUCUAACGUGGCUGCUGGACGAGUUCGACACCAUGUCCGUGACCCGAUCGAACUCCCUGCGGCGAGGCAGCCCCCCCACUCAGCCCCGCCGCGACUCCAGCUCUGCAGGCGGAGAGCAGGAGAACGGCGACCCCCGACUCAGGCACCACACACAGCCAGACAGGGACAGACUGAGGCAGGACCACCCUGCCGGGGGCGACCCGCAGCACGGGCAGCGGGGCGUCCAGCCCCGGGACCAGGGCGUGCAGGGCCGGCCCCAGCAGCAGCCGAGGGGCCAGGAGCCCAGCAGGGCCUACAGGGAGCGGUCCGGCUCGGGACAGCAGCCUCACAGAGACCCCCGGGACCAGGACCAGGUGAUCCACCGGGACCAAGCCGGCGACAUCCGGCCCAAGUCCAGCUAUGUGGCGCGCGACGGCAGCCCCACGUCUCCGAGGGACAAGAGGCCGCUGUCGGGGCCCAACAUCCGAACGCCCAACCUGCCGGUGAGCGAAGGCGUGAUGAAGACGGCCCAGCAGAACACGCGGCCGUUCAACACGUACCCGAGGACGGAGAGCGACGGAGGACGCAGUCCAACGGGACAGGUGGUGCGACACCAUGAGUCUUCCCCCCAGAACGGGCCCUCCAGCAGCUCCGCCCGGGGUUCCUCCAAGCCCCCAGUCAGCCUCCCUCAUUCCCACCACGCCUCCCACCCCAGCCUGACCCCGGACUCCUCCCAGCUGCCGCAUACCCCCCACCCCACCGUGCCUGCCCCGCGGCCCCCCGUCCCCGCGUCGACCCCGGGGUCGGGCGCGGCGCCGCAGGGCCGCUCCCCGCAGCGGGAGCCCCAGAGGGUUUCCCAUGAGCAGUUCAGAGCGGCGCUGCAGCUGGUGGUGGACCCCGGCGACCCGCGGACCUACCUGGACCACUACAUCAAGAUCGGCGAGGGAUCCACGGGAAUCGUGUGCAUCGCCACGGUGAAGACGACCGGGAAGCUGGUGGCCGUGAAGAAGAUGGACCUGAGGAAGCAGCAGCGCAGGGAACUUCUCUUCAACGAGGUGGUGAUCAUGCGGGACUAUCACCAUGACAACGUGGUGGAGAUGUACAACAGCUACCUGGUGGGCGACGAACUCUGGGUGGUCAUGGAGUUCCUGGAGGGAGGAGCGCUCACCGACAUCGUGACGCACACCAGGAUGAACGAGGAGCAGAUCGCCACCGUGUGUCUGUCGGUGCUGAAGGCGCUGUCUGUCCUGCACACUCAAGGCGUGAUCCACAGAGACAUCAAGAGCGACUCCAUCCUGCUGACGCAUGAUGGCCGGGUGAAGCUGUCAGACUUCGGUUUCUGCGCUCAGGUGUCUAAGGAAGUCCAGCGGAGGAAGUCUCUGGUUGGAACGCCGUACUGGAUGGCACCAGAGCUCAUAUCCCGGCUGCCGUACGGACCAGAGGUGGACAUCUGGUCUCUGGGCAUCAUGGUGAUAGAGAUGGUGGACGGCGAGCCGCCGUACUUCAACGAGCCGCCGCUCAAAGCCAUGAAGAUGAUUCGAGACAACCAGCCGCCCAAACUGAAGAACCUGCACAAGGUGUCCCCGCUCCUCAAAGGCUUCCUGGACCGGAUGUUGGUGCGUGAGCCGCCCCAGAGGGCGACGGCCAGCGAGCUCCUGAAGCACCAGUUCCUGUCCAAGGCCGGCCCGCCGUCCUGCAUCGUCCCCCUGAUGCGGCAGAACAGGAUGCGAUGAAGCGCGGCGCUCCACACCUCCGGGGCUGUGAAGGCGACUCGGGCGGAUCAGAACCCUCCCCGCACCACCCAGGCGGUGCGGGGAGGGUUCUGCGUAUCCGCUGUGAGUCACUGAACUGUGGGGGGGGCACCGCGCUCCCCGGAUCAGAGGCAAUAACGACGAAUGCGUGGGUGAAUGAGUGUGAUGCUUUUUUCUUUUUGUUGCUUUGGAGUACAGCCGGGUUCGAAGGAGUCGGUGACGGUUGGAGUAACUUUUUAAAUCUCACUUGCCGACAAUCUGCCAGCGUUUCCACUACAGACACUGAUCCCGACCUCUGGACCCUGAAAUUUACUACUGACAGCGGCGACCUUUGGACUCGGACUGUAUGUUGUAGCCAUAAUUAUCCUAGCUUCCUGUUGCCAACGAGCAAAAACACACUAAGUGAACAUGUAAACACUGGAGUCAUGGUAGCAGAGGACUUUUUUUCUUCCACUUGUCCCCUAAUAGUCCUGUGUAAAAACGGUGAACAUAGAGGAAGCGUUGAUAAUUUUUAUUUUUAUGUUUUUAUGAUUGUUGUAUUUUGUUUAUUACGAUGCAAAAACACAUAAUCUUACCAAA